AUGGAAAAACGACGCAUCUUUAACUGGAAAAAAAAUGAAAAUGAUACAACUCAUUUACUGGAAGGAUUGGCAACAUGUAACCAUUGUUAUAUGGCUUAUAGAACACAUUCUAAAACGGAUGCUAAUGCUGAUAAACAAGGACAAAAAGGUGAAAGAACAACAUCUCUUAUUCAACCCAAAUUCGCUUUUCACAAAAAUGCAUUACCAGAAAAGUAUAAAUUAAAACUGAAAGAUGCUGAGCUAAAAUUUAUUGUUGCUGGUUCACAUUCAUUUAAAUCAUUAGAAAAUGAUGGUACUUUGAAAUUAGUUCAAACUGCUAUUGAAAUUGGAGCUGAUAUUGGUUUAGUAGAUGUCCAUGAUAUUUUUUAUGGAAGACAAACGAUUCGUGAAGAAACAUUAUCGAAGUUUCAUCAAUAUACUGAUCAAGUAUGUUCUUUGUUAGAAGAAUCAAUUAAACAACAUUGUGUAACAGCUACGACUGAUCUUAGGACUGAUGAUUUAAUGAAGAGAACUUACUUAGAUUUUACAAUCUUCUUUGUUAAUGAUAUUUACGAAUUAAAUCAUACAUUAUUACGAUGCAAACAUUUUCAAGAAGAAAAGUCUGGAAUUAAUAUUUGGUAUCAAAUUGAAGAAAUCUUCAAAUCAUUUAAUUUAUCAUUUGGUGAUACACUUGUUACUACUGAUCAAGCACCAAAUAUGGUUAAAGCUCUAAGUCUAACUGAUGAACAUGGAAAAAUUUAA